UCUGUGGCCGCGUGCCCUGGGCCCGCCCCGGGGGAGAGCGCGGAGAGGUGGCUCUUGCUGCAGUCACGCCUGGUGCUUCCGCCUCUCCCCCUGCUGCUCUGGCCGGUCACGCUGCUGCAGGUCGGCGCCGAUACUCUCGGUCCGGGCGCUUCCCCGCCGGGCCGGGGGAUUGGCUCUGCGACCGCUUCGUCCCAGAAUGCAGCGCAUGGCGCGUCAUUGAAGAGAGACCAUGAUGGCGGCGGCCGUGGCUGCGGGGGGGGCUCCCGAGGUGAUCGCCCAGCUGGAGAACGCGGCCAAAGUGCUCAUGGCACCACCUUCCAUGGUCAAUAAUGAACAACGCCAGCAUGCCGAGCACAUAUUCUUAUCAUUUAGAAAAUCAAAAUCACCAUUUGCUGUUUGCAAGCAUAUUUUGGAAACUAGUAAAGUGGACUAUGUCCUUUUUCAAGCUGCCACAGCAAUAAUGGAAGCAGUUGUGCGAGAAUGGAUUCUCUUGGAAAAAAGUAGCAUCGAGUCACUGCGAACAUUCCUUUUAACCUAUGUCUUACAAAGGCCUAACCUUCAAAAGUAUGUUCGGGAGCAGAUUCUAUUAGCAGUAGCAGUAAUAGUGAAACGAGGAUCAUUAGACAAAUCGAUUGACUGCAAAAGCAUUUUCCAUGAAGUCAGCCAGUUGAUAAGCAGUGGUAACCCCACUGUGCAAACUUUGGCCUGUUCCAUUUUAACGGCUUUGUUGAGUGAGUUCUCAAGUUCAAGUAAAACCAGCAACAUUGGACUAAGCAUGGAGUUCCAUGGUAACUGCAAACGAAUAUUUCAGGAGGAUGACCUUCGGCAGAUCUUCAUGCUAACAGUAGAGGUACUACAGGAAUUCAGCAGGCGUGAAAACCUCAAUGCUCAGAUGUCUUCAGUGUUUCAGCGUUAUCUUGCACUAGCCAAUCAGGUCUUAAGCUGGAACUUUCUUCCUCCAAAUUUGGGCAGACAUUAUAUAGCUAUGUUUGAAUCCUCACAAAAUGUGAUGCUAAAGCCAACAGAGUUGUGGCGUGAAACCCUCCUGGACAUCAGAGUUAUGGAGCUUUUCUUUACAGUACAUCGAAAAAUCAGAGAGGAUACAGAUAUGGCACAAGACUCUCUACAGUGCCUAGCACAGCUAGCUUCUCUGCAUGGGCCAGUCUUUCCUGAUGAAGGUUCACAAGUUGAUUAUCUGGCACAUUUCAUCGAAGGAUUACUGAAUACUAUCAAUGGAGUUGAAAUAGAGGACUCUGAAGCAAUGGGAAUCUCCAGUGUUUUCAGCAACCUGAUAACUGUGUUUCCUCGCAAUGUUUUAACUGCCAUUCCAAAUGAACUUUUCUCUUCAUUUGUUAACUGCCUCACACACCUCACCUGUUCUUUUGGGAGAAGUGCUGCACUGGAAGAAGUGCUUGACAAAGAUGACAUGGUAUACAUGGAGGCAUAUGAUAAAUUGCUGGAAUCCUGGCUUACCUUGGUACAAGAUGACAAACAUUUCCACAAAGGCUUCUUUACCCAACAUGCUGUUCAGGUUUUUAAUUCUUAUAUUCAGUGCCACCUAGCUGCUCCUGAUGGUACAAGGAAUUUGACUGCCAAUGGUGUAGCCUCUCGGGAGGAAGAAGAAAUAAGCGAACUGCAAGAAGAUGAUCGAGACCAGUUCUCUGACCAGCUGGCCAGUGUAGGCAUGCUAGGAAGAAUUGCUGCAGAACACUGUAUACCUCUUCUUACAAGUUUAUUAGAAGACAGAGUGACAAGGCUCCAUGGUCAGUUACAAAGACAUCAGCAGCAGUUACUUGCCUCACCAGGAUCAGGGUCAAUUGACAAUAAAGUGCUUGAUGAUCUGUAUGAGGAUAUUCAUUGGCUUAUUUUAGUCACAGGCUACCUCUUAGCUAAUGAUACUCAGGGAGAGACUCCAUUAAUACCUCCAGAAGUAAUGGAAUAUUCCAUUAAGCAUUCAACUGAGGUUGACAUCAAUACAACACUUCAGAUCCUGGGAUCUCCAGGAGAAAAGGCCUCUUCCAUCCCAGGGUACAACAGAACUGAUUCUGUAAUUAGGUUAUUAUCUGCUAUUCUAAGAGUUUCAGAAGUAGAAUCUCGAGCAAUAAGGGCGGAUCUAACACACCUUCUGAGUCCACAAAUGGGAAAAGAUAUUGUAUGGUUUCUUAAGCGUUGGGCAAAGACCUAUCUCCUAGUGGAUGAAAAACUGUAUGAUCAGAUAAGUCUACCAUUUAAUACAGCAUUUGGUGCAGACACAGAGGGUUCCCAGUGGAUUGUGGGUUACCUCUUAGAAAAAGUAAUCAGUAACCUGGCAGUAUGGAGUUCUGAGCAGGAUCUUGCAAAUGACACUGUACAGUUGCUAGUAACAUUAGUGGAAAGGAGAGAGAGGGCAAAUUUAGUAAUUCAGUGUGAGAAUUGGUGGAAUUUAGCUAAGCAGUUUGCGAGGCGAAGCCCACCUCUUCACUUUUUGUCCAGUUCUGUGCAGAGAACACUAAUGAAAGCUCUAGUUUUAGGAGGUUUUGCUCAUAUGGACACAGAUACAAAACAGCAAUACUGGACAGAGGUUCUUCAGCCACUUCAGCAGCGAUUCUUGAAUGUGAUAAAUCAAGAAAACUUUCAACAGAUCUGUCAAGAGGAGGAGGUGAAACAAGAAAUCACUGCCACACUAGAAGCACUUUGUGGCAUUGCUGAGGCUACCCAGAUAGAUAAUGUAGCAAUACUCUUUAACUUUCUGAUGGACUUCCUUACCAAUUGCAUUGGAUUAAUGGAGGUGUACAAAAACACACCAGAGACUGUUAACCUCAUAAUAGAAGUUUUUGUUGAAGUUGCACAUAAACAAAUAUGCUAUCUCGGAGAGUCCAAAGCCAUGAAUUUGUAUGAGGCCUGCCUGACUCUACUUCAAGUAUAUUCCAAGAAUAAUUUAGGUCGGCAGCGAAUAGAUGUUACAGCAGAAGAGGACCAAUACCAGGAUCUUCUUCUUAUUAUGGAGCUUCUUACUAACCUUCUGUCAAAAGAAUUUAUAGAUUUCAGUGAUACAGAUGAAGUAUUUAGAGGACAUGAGCCAGGACAAGCUGCAAAUAGAUCGGUGUCAGCAGCAGAUGUAGUCUUAUAUGGGGUUAAUCUAGUUCUGCCAUUAAUGUCACAAGAUCUGCUGAAAUUUCCAUCUCUGUGUAAUCAGUACUACAAAUUAAUCACCUUCAUCUGUGAGAUAUUUCCUGAGAAAAUUCCUCAGCUUCCAGAAGACCUUUUUAAGAGCCUAAUGUACUCAUUGGAGUUAGGGAUGUCAUCGAUGAGUUCUGAGGUUUGCCAACUCUGUCUGGAAGCUUUAACACCAUUAGCAGAACAGUGUGCAAAAGCACAGGAAACAGACUCAUCACUAUUUCUAGCAACAAGGCACUUUCUUAAGAUGGUCUUUGAUAUGCUGGUACUACAAAAGCACAAUACAGAGAUGACAACUGCAGCAGGUGAAGCAUUCUACACAUUAGUGUGUUUGCAUCAGGCUGAAUAUUCAGAACUAGUUGAAACAUUACUAUCAAGUCAACAAGAUCCAGUCAUUUACCAGCGGUUAGCAGAUGCAUUCAACAAGCUUACUGCAAGCAGCACUCCUCCUUCACUGGACCGUAAGCAGAAGAUGGCCUUCCUAAAGAGUUUAGAAGAAUUUAUGGCAAAUGUUGGUGGACUCCUCUGUGUAAAAUAAACAACAACAAAACUCUAUGCCUAAUUUAGACCCUUUCUGCAAAAUGCACUGAGAAAUGCUGAAAGCUGACUAAACCUUGUACCUGUUUCUGGGUUCUUUGCAGCCAUCUCAGAUUUUAGAGAGCCUGGAAGUUUGAUAUAACACAGUUGAAUAGGAGAGGUCAACUUUGAAUCAGCUUCUGCUAUUGUGUUACUCACAAUCUGUCAUUACUUGUAUGUUGUAGAGAAUGAACAACAAAUUGAAAUUUAAAAGAAAAUUCCAUAUAUGUGCAAACAGAUAUGGGCACAGUGAAAAAUAGUGCCUUUUCCCCAUUAGCUUAAAACAUAAGUGGCUGGACAAACUUUUAAAGAUUUUUUUUUCUUGAAAACCAUAUUAGAGUAUGAUGUAGACACAUACAAAACUGUAAACAGUGUAGCUGAUUGAAGCUUUAUGUUUUCUCUCUGAAGAUUGAGUUUAUGAUCCAAGGGAAAAACACCAAAUGGUAUUUUUUAACUUGUGUUUAGUUUUGUUUUUCUACAUCACCUGAUGUUGCAUGUUUUAUGUAAUGCAGGUUUCUACAUUAUAUUCUGCUGCCUAAAGUUCAGAAGGAAAAAGGUGUAUAUUUUUGUUCCCCUAAAAUGAACUUUAGGAACUGUAGCCAUUUCAUUGCCUUAAUUUAAAACAAAACAAAAAAAAGUGAUAUACUUUAGACAAGAAAUCUAAGGCAACAUUUGAGUCUUCAGAGUUGGUUCAGGAUGUUGGCAUUAAGCUGCUGUGUACCUGUUGCAGCCCUUUGUUGACCUGUGUUAUGUUGGGGUGUGACUCUAAUGCAACAUUCAUGUGUAGUUUUACUUUCACUAUCUGUUUUAAUCCACAUCCAAGUCGUGCACAGCUGCAACGUAUUUCUACACUGAACUGUUUGCUUAAGCAAUAACAAUUCAAAGGGUGUAAAUUAUUGAUUUAUACAAACUGUUUUUAAGUUGGGGCAUUAGAUAAAAUAAUUAUGCUAGACUAGGGGUUUCAAACUCUAUUUUACCCAAGGGCCAUAUACAUUUGAUUCAAGGGUUGGAAAGAUAAUUAGAAUUUGUGGUGAUUUUUUUCCACCACCACCUCCAGAUUUGUGGUGCUCUCCUCUGCUCUGACUCAGUUUUGUGUGUCAGCACUUGAGCAGUUAAGAUGUACAUACCUUUCAUCCUGCCAACUGAUAGACGGAUAUAGUGGAACAACAAGGGAGAGUAACACAAGAAUACGGAAGCAAGAUAAAAUUGCCAGAUAAAAUUGCUUUUUGUGAGGGGUGUGGGUGGGGAAGAAUUUGGCCCUUGGGCCUUGUGCUUGAUACCUCUGCUAAAUUGUGCUGUUGAAUGUUUUCCAUGUGGUUUUUACAUUUAUAUAAAACGUACAGUAUAUACACCUUUACAGUGCUGUGUAUAGCAUCAUGUUUGCAACUCUGUGCCAUCCUUCAGCUGUUCAUCUCAAAACCAAUCAUAUUACCCAAAAUGGCAUAAGUCUGUAGCACUGUGCUAGUCAUAUUGAUUCAAGACGUACUUUUUGAGUUAAAUUCAUGCAUGUAACAAUGUGAAUGGAAUACAAAGGCAGAAAGUGCCAUCUUUUCAACAGAAUUUUUUCACUUUUAUUUUAAUCCAUUGUUAAUAUGAAAACUGGGCUGGAGCAAACAUACACUUUAAAAGGUAACCCUAAAAUUUGUUGGACAACAUCCCUUCACAGUUAAUAUUGUAUAUCGUCUAUUUGAACAUAUUUUUGUAAUAUUUGCAAGACAGGGAAUUGUCUUCAAAUUCAUUCCUAGAAACCCUAUCGCUUUCCUUAAGAGAUUUCUUGUGUGUGCAAAAAACUACUCUUGCACUAGUGAUGGGGAAUUACCAUUGUAUCCUUCUGCAUUAUUCCAUCUUUCUUCCAAUUGUUCCAGCAAAUGGAUGACAAAUUUAUUGGAGCUGCUUUUAAAGUUCAUGUCUGAGUUUUUACUUUUUAUAAAAGUAAGUGUCUUCAAAACAUAGGCCUUUGGCUGAAGGGCAUUAAGUCCUAGAAACAUGAACAACAGUAAUAAUUGCUAAUCUUCCUGGUAAUACCAAGAGUUGAACCUCUGGGGCAGAUUCUUCUAAGGGAUAAUGACAAAUAUUUUUAUUUUUUCUGGUUCUUAUUGAUUAAGAGUAAUAACCACUGUCAUAACAAAUGGCUCCAAUAUUUUCAGAACUACUUUAUUUACCUCAAUAUGAACUUCUAAAUUUUUAUAAACUAUGGAAAUUUGGGAAUUCCCUAGAAUAAUUAAGUCAGCAAUAAGUCAGCCUACUAAUUUGUUAACAUUCAAACAAUAUAGUACACCUACCAAUUACCUCUUAGAUGAAUCUGGCCCAUUGUGUGUUCAAGACAACUGACACAAUGUAGCUGUUUUCGUAGCUACAUUGAUGUUCAAAAAUUGUCAAAGAUUACUUAAAAUGUUAUGUUUGUUUGCUCUUUCAUUUUAAACAUGUUUUAUGUUAAAGGGACACUGUCCAGUGUUUUUAAUUUGCAAUUUUUUAAACUUUGUCACAUAUAUCUCAUAAGCUUGACAACAUAUUUUUCCUAUUUUUGUUCUUUUUUUUCCUUUCAUGUCAGAAUGUUAAACAUUGAUCUUCCCACCCCAUCUAGUGUUUCUUAUAGAGCAAAUGCAAAGAUAUUUCUGCAUGCUUGUGUAACAACUUCAUAGAUGUCACUAAAGUUCUGGGAAUAUGUUUUUGUUAAGCUCUGGCCUUUCUGCUGGCCAUUUCAGUACCUAAACUACUUCAUCACACUCUCUUCUUAAAGACAGCCUUCAAUGAGAUUCUUUGAAACUCAUCCACUAAGAGCAAGAUCCGAAGUCUAUACAACAGACUCCCAAUGACUUCAGGGGACUUUGAAUCAGGUCCUAACCUUCUGUUUAGAGACACUGAUGUGAUUAACAUCACUGCAUUGAGUUUCCUCUCACUGUACAAAGUGAAUAAUGCUUUUUAAAAAUUGUCAAAUUUAAAAAAAAAUAGGCAUAGAGAAAUCAAAUUGAUUUAAUUAUAAACCAUGUAUCAUAACUGUACUAUAUUUUUGUCAAAACUUAAGAUGAUUUUUUACCAAAAUAGAUUGCUAUCACAGUGUCUUAAUUCUCAGGUUAGAGAUCCAAAUAAUUUUUCUCUUCCCUGCCCCUCCCCUUCUUUUUGGUUUAAACGAUAAUUUCUAGCUUCAGGGUUUCCCAACCCCACACAGCUACAGUUUAGCACUAACCUAACUACUUCCCUAUGCUUCAACCCACUAGAGGCUAGAGUCCUGUAAACAAAGGGUAUCUGGUUGGGUAAUGAAAUACAAGGACUGGGGGAACAGAGGUCCAUGCGGAUUAGGGAGGGAUGGUGUUCACCGAACCUCCACUUCCAGGCCUCAUUACAUCUUAAUUAUCUCCUGUAAAUCGCAUAGGAAGUCUGUUUAAUGUGGUACCUAAUUGGCAAGAAGUUUUCUCCUUGAGUGAUAAAGGACUUUGUUUUCCUCAGAAUUUGGAAAAAACUGUUUCCUCUGUGCAUCUAAAUCCUGCUAAUCAAGUAUGUCCGAGAUUUGAAUUUGGGUCUUCUGCCCGAUAGUGUGUAGCACUUACCUAAGCCACAAUUUUUAAACCAUGCCUUGUUUUAAACGUUUAGCUGGAUAUCACCCUAUAUGUUAUUUAAACCAUAUGGUUUUAGAGAACGAGCUUGGUCCAAAAUGUCGAUUGCAUUUCUUAAAUCUAAUUAUAAAGAAAUCAUCUUAAUUAAAAAAUAAAAUUAAAAUAAAUUUAGUACUUCUAUUAUAAAACAUUUUAUAUAAUUGAAACUGAAAUGACUUAGUCACCUUUUAAAAUAAAGGUGUGGUUUUUUUUAUGAGAAUGGUCAAAUGGACUGAGCACAAGAGAGGAAGACAAACUCCUAAAUUCUAACACCAGAUUUGCCGCUAACUUUCCCUGUGGCCUUGGACAUGUCAUUUAAAUUCUCUCUCUCGGUUUCCGCAUCUGUACAACUAAGAAUACUUACAUACCUCAUGGGUUGUUGUGAGGAUUAGCUGAAAUCUAUAAAAUGUUUUGAAGAUCUAAAAUGCUAUCUAAGUGCUAAAUAUUUUUCAUUUUACUGCUUAUGUAAGGUGGAAGAUUGACCACACUGAAAAUUGAAGUGCUUUGUACCCAUAAGAGAGAUACAGCACAGGCAGCAGUAGUACUGCAGUAUUUCACAGUAAUAACACCUGCUGUAAAAUUUAGUUGCUUGGAUUGCUACUGUCAAAUAGGGUCUUUUUUUUUUUUUUUUUUUUAAUUAAGGGAAGCUUCCCUACCAGUGUGCCUCUCAGUUCCGUUCUAAAGAGUGAGAUGGUGGUAGUUUCUGUGCUAACUCAGUCUUUGGUGUCUCUACUGAAAUUGCCAGUAAUGGUGCCAAUUACAGUAGUAUUUGCUUUUUGGGGGGAGGAGGGGCAGUAUGACCAUGAACAACUAGCUUGAUUAGGAACUAAAAUUACUAGCUCAAUUUUACAAGGUCCCUGUCUGUGCUGGUGAGAGAAACAGUGGUCAGUGUACCAUGUGAUUUAAUGAAUCAGCUUCUAGCAUGUUUAGAUCCCGUAUGCUGUGGUUGGGAAAAACAAGACAGUGUUUUCUAACAAGCACAAUGUGGUUUAUUAGUGAAGUGUUAACAUGAUUUCCCUGGCCAGGAUAAACACAGUCAUAAGUUAUCAGUUAAUUGUUAGAAUCUUUCUCACUAGAGUUUUUUGUGAUUGUGCCCUAGGAAUCAAGGCAUGAGCCUUCCAUUCUGCUCAAUGGACCAAGAUUCUACUUUUCCACCACCACCCCUUUUUUUUCCUCUCCAUUUUUUAUAACUUCUGUCACACCACACUCUUUUGAAAAGUUUAGAAUAUAUUGGUAGAUGACCCUCAUCUCUUCAAAUGAUAGAUGUGACCUGCACUAUAUUCCCAUCCACUGUGCCUGAUGGUGGCUAAAAUCCUUCCUGAACCCAGUUUUCAUGACACUGCAAUCUGCCAUUGGAUUAUUCUGGAUUUUACAACUAGGAAAAUAUAAAAUAUCUUAUUUAGUUGAUCCCUUUGUACAAAAUAAGGAACCUCUAUGCAGUGCACUUGCAGUUUUAUGGUGACAAAUGUCACUCAGUCUCUGUGUAAAUAUUGUAAUUUUUAAGAAGACGGUUUCAAGUUUAAAUACAGGGAUUGAAGUGCUAGUUAAUUUCAAGUAUAAUUUUACCUGGACAUAGUUGAACUUUACUGUUGAAGGUAUGAAGUUGCAUAAUACUACUUCACAUAUUGCAGCAAUAAGAACUUAGGAAACAAAUGGCUAUGUAAUCAAGCCUUGUCACAAACUAAUUUCCAAUUUUAAAAUGAACACUUUAUGUAUUUUUUAACAUCCGUAAAUGGGGGAGGGUAACAUUUUCCACUAAAGAUUUUUGUUACAUUUUGUUUUGGCCAUGUGUGAUUUGUGUGUAUUCUUGUUUGAUAUUUUUUCUAGUAUUUAACUUGCAUUCAAGCCCUCAAAUAGGUGUUUGUUGUACAGUCAUAUAAUAGAAACAGAAUAUUAUGAAAUCACAAAUCAAAUUUUGCUCUUGAUUACAUCAGUGCAAAUUGGGGGUAAAUCAACUGAAGUUAAUGGAAUAACUCUAGAUUUACAUCAACAUAACUUGGAGCAGGAAUUUGGUCCUAAAUAUCCAAAAAUGCAAAUAGGAUAGAUGGUACACAGUAAAACAAGUAUUCAGUAUCUUCAUCAAGAGGGGGAAGGGACAAAUGUAAAAUACAGUUGCCCCCCAAAAGCAUGUAAUGAAUUUUCAGUUACAUACUGCAUAUGAACAGAAAUUGGUGAUCUAGAAAUCUGUAUUCAUCCUGAACAUCUAAACAGUUUAUUUCACUUCUUGGCACUGAAAUGUUUUCCAAACUUUAUUCUUCUGCUGUGGCACAUAAAGUUACAUCUACAUAUAUGUUACAGAUGCCUUUCAGAAAUGUUCAGUUAGCGGCUUUGGUUUCUCAUGUGCUGUAAGCUAAUUGUAUUUGGGUUAAUCAAUAGCUACUCUGAAUCUUUCCCCUUUCUCCUCUGCUCAUUUAAAUGUUCCAAAGAACCGCUUCACAAACCCUGAAAGUAAAAUUACACUACAGCUUGCUAUAUCUUGACUAUGUAUCACUUUAAACUUACUGGCUUCAGAAGUACAAUUAUGACCACAAUAGCUAUAUAUUGGCCCGUUUUAGUCCAGUGAAAGCCUGGGUAAAGGAGAGAAGCGUUUUAAGUAGUUUAGAGCAAAUCUCAGAGAGCAACUGACAAUUUUAAAGCAGCAGCGUAUCAAAGAGCCUUUCAUGUAGAUAUUGAGUUAAUCUGCUUUACGUUAACAAAUGAGGUCUGGAAUAAACUUGAAUGAUUUGGGUAAAAGCCUUUAUUCACACUUAUUUGUGUAAGUGUAUGCACAAAAAAUUUCAUUUUGCCUUUAUGUACUACUUGCCUUGACUGUGCAUUGUAGAUUUCUUAAAUUCAAUAGGUUCUCUCCGGCCCCCCAGUUGCCAUUUGUUGUAAACAAAAAUGUUUGAAACAGUCUUCCCAGUGAAAUGAUUUUAUCAGCUAUGUUUUAAAGAUCAGCAAGACAAAGCUGAAAUUAGCUAGUGAGAACAAACAAAAAUCUGCAAUCGUGAUUUAAAAAAUAUUAAGUUAAUCUUUAAAAAUAAAUAAGUCACUGAAUUUGUUAUCCAAUUUCAUCUUGGUGGGAUAAAGAAACAUUGGAAUUUAAAUUAAGCACAUUUUUUAAAAACACAAAAGACACGUUUUGGAAUUGCAUUGGAGAUCUGCAUUCAAAAAUAGCAUCAUAGUAAGGCUGAUACUGCCAAAACAAUUAUCAUUAAGUAAAUAUUUCUAGUUAAUAGUAGUAAAACCUAUUUCUGGGUAAUACAGUAGUCAAAUUAUUCUCAGAUAAUACUGCAACUAUAAAUUGUGAUUUGUUACUAAUCACAAUGCUUACUUCCAUUCACAUAUUUAAGCCUCAUGAAACAACUGUUUUCAACUUAAAAUCUGUUAAUGCAGUCAAAUUAUUUUUAAUUGCCUUUACAAAUUAGCAGAGUAAUAUAGUAGCUUUGCAUAUCAUGUGUCUUUCCCCCCCCCCAGCAACUGGCCUUCGGGGUUACUAGUUAUUGUUGCAAACGAGUAGACAUUACAAACUUUAUUAGCUUUAUCUCAGUCGUUGGUAUUAUUGGUAAUAGAUACCAGUUGGGACUAUGCUAUGUCCCACCACAUAUCUGUUGCUGAAUUUGGUAUUUACUGCAUGGAAAGAAGUCAUCACAAUAAACCCAGCAAAAGCUUAUUGAUUUGAAAGCUACCUUCAGAUCUGUUGUUCUAAUAAGUUGCCAGGACACUCAAUAUUUUUAGUACUGUAUCCACGUUCCUUAAUUCUUGGUUUAUGCCAAUGCUCUUUAGUGGCAUUUUGUUACUUCAAACCAUUGUUGUAAUUGCUAAAAACACCAUUUGAAGUCUUUGGAAGAUCACUGAUGUCCUCUCACAAGAUCAACACUAUACUGGGAAGGCUUACAUUCUUCUGCCAUUCGAAAGAAAGACUGUUCUUCUAAAGUACUUUUUGCCUGCCUUCAGGCUUUUAUGCACUUUCAUGAUUUCUUAAAAACUGCUGUUGAAAAUGUACUGUAUCUUGCAUAUGGAUUUUGAUAAGUGCACAUGUAUUUAAAUAUUAACUCACUCAGACUCAGGAAAACAAGAAAAAUUAGAUACCUGUUUUGUAUCUUGGUUAAAAUGUUUGUUACCUACAUCCUUUAAGGUGGCCAGAUCAUGUCUAGAUCCCAUGAGUGUAAUUGUAUUUAAUUACUAGUGUAAUCUGUAAAAGAAGGGCAGUGUAGUUGGAAUUUAUGGAAACUUCUGUCUGUCUUACUUUUGUUAGACCUAUAGUCUGAAUUGGAGUUUUUUUAAAAAAAAUCCCAUUUUCAGAAAAAUAUCUAUUUUUUUCCAUAACCUUAGUUUAUUUCUAUUUGCUUCCUCCUCUUAAAAAGAAAGUAUGAAAUAAGUGCAGAGGUAUCUGUAGGAAAACUUGUGUAAAAUGUGCUGCUGUACAAAAUGUUUGCUACUUGACUGCAUUUUUGUUCCACUUUAAUUUUACUGGUUUUGCUAAAUAUAUUUUAUAUAUUUUUCUUCCUG